UAUCCUUACUUUUCACUGACGUCACAACUCCGAGUGUGCUAUCCCACAAUGCCCCGUGAACCGCCAUUUUUCUACCCAUGCUAUCGAGACGACACGCACGACACGCCGAGCUUUGCUGUACAAAUCAUCGUUUUAUUGUUGAAUUUUCACUUGUUGGUUGUUCAUUUGUUAUUUUGCUUGUUAUUGUUAUGGAGAAGGACACCAAUCUAUACAGACAGUCCUUACCGGCAGAUGUGAGAGAAAGAUAUGAUGAGAAGACAAAGGAAAUUGGAGUAGACCCCUACACGGUGUCAUCCAAGGAUUGCAGCACAGACAAAGCUUCGUGGCAAGAGGUGAAUUUAGUAGAUGUUAUUCACUUUCUGAUAUUUCAAAGAUCUGCAUACACUAAGGAAGAAUUGCGGAAUUACAAGGCAUUGGAGGCCUACAAAUUUUUCCAAGACGGUUGGAUUAAGGACAUGAGGCACAUUGAAAUAAAUGGCUCUCACUUAAUAAAGUCUAAGGUGCAUCAUUCUUUGCGCAUAAGGGAGAAGCCCUUAGAGCCCUGGGUGAUCAUAAAAGGAGAGGGGUCCAUUGAGUGUGCACAUUGCACUUGCAUGGCUGGUCUGGGGGAGAGCUGCAGUCAUAUAGCUGCCAUGCUAUUUGCCCUAGAAACAUGGACCAGAAUAAGGAAAGAGACCACUGUGACAGACGUCCCUGCCUAUUGGAUGGCUCCGUCUUCCAGCAACCUGAAAGACCCAUUUCACCGCAUCGUGGAUAUGGACCUCCAGUCAGCUACCAAAAAAAGAAAAACAGGGGAUUUGAGGAGGAAAGAGUCCACAUCAAUGGAUGACUUCUCUUCGCCCACAAAGAAUGAAAUGGACAGCUUUAUUCAAGGGUAUCAGUCAGAUGUCAGUAAUGCAAGUAUAUUGGCCAUCAACCCUGAAUUUGCCCACACUUUCAAGCCAAAAGCUCUUCUUGGGCAGUGGCCAGUGGAUUUGUCUUCUUUAAAAGACACAAACUUUCACAAUUCCAACAUAGACGAUAUCCUAGCCCAUACUGCAGGGAUCAGUAUAGCUGUAACAGAAGCAGAGGCUGCCCAUGUUGAACUGCACACAAGGGACCAGUGUAAAUCGACUCACUGGAGGAAAUACAGACUUGGGCGUAUUACUGCUUCACAAUUGUAUUCUGCUGUACACACAGACAUAGAUAAGCCAUCUAUGUCAGUUGUAAAGUCGGUGUGUUAUCCACAAUACUUCAGCAGUGCAUCAACAGAGUGGGGCAUCAAAAAAGAGAGGGUGGCAAGAAAAGAGUACUGCAAGGACAUGGCACCAUUCCAUGUGGACUUCCAAGUUGAGAGAUCUGGACUUCUAUUAAAUCCAGACUUCCCAGAGUUUGGGGCCAGUCCGGAUGGGUUUGUAUCGUGUAACUGCUGUGGGAAGGGUCUUUUAGAGAUCAAGUGCCCUUUUACCCUGCGUGAAGCAGACAGUAUUCAGAUGACCUGGUUGGAAAACACAGAGGGAGGACUGAAAUUAAAGAAAAACACUGCUUACUACUACCAAGUUCAAAUGCAACUGUUUAUGUCAAAUUUGGACUAUUGCGAUUUUUUUGUGUGGUGCCCAUAUGCAUCGCAUUGUGAAAGAAUAGUAAAAGAUCAAAGUUUAUGGGAUAUUAUUUCUGUAAAAGCAAAAUUAUUUCAUAAGCAGGUUGUCAUGCCUGAAUUGUUGUGUGGGUAUUUUACCAUGAAGCGUGUGUUGAAGGAGGUUGUGACCAAUAAUUGCUCUUCAAACUCUCAGGAGCCAAAGUACUGUAUUUGUAAUGGAAGUGACGAUGGUCGCAAGAUGGUAGCAUGCGAUAAUGAGAACUGCAGCACAGUGUGGUACCAUAUGAGUUGUAUAAAGAUGAAGAGAGUCCCAAAAGGAAGGUGGUUUUGCAAUAAAUGUAGAAAUGUGUAGCUGUGUGGAAUUCUGAUAAUCUUGGUCCAUUCUGACAUGUUAUUGUGCAAUACUUUACAUCUUUUUAACAAAUGCUGUCAGUUAUUGUGAAGUUAUAUAGAUUGCUCGGGAUGUGUUUUUCUAUUUACCCAUUUUAUGGAUAUGAUACCAGUAUUCAGUUCUUGUGUGCUAGUCUUAAUGUACAUAUUACAGUGCAGUGAUGCUUCUAAUUGAACUUUUUUUUUCUUGGAUUCAUAUGUUCAGCCAUUCAGUUUUUGAAGUCACCACGGCUCGGUGCUAAAUAUGUUAGCUGUGUGGAAUUCUGAUAAUCUUGGUCCAUUCUGACAUUUUAUUGUGCAAUGCCUUACAUCUUUUUAACAUAUGCUGUCAGUAAUUGUGAAGUUAUAUAGAUUGCUCGGAUGUGUUUUUCUGUUAACCCAUUUUAUGGAUGUGAUACCAGUAUUCAGUUCUUGUGUGCUAGUCUUAAUGUACAUAUUACAGUGCAAUGAUGCUUCUAAUUGAACUUUUUUUUUCUUGGAUUCAUAUGUUCAGCCAUUCAGUUUUUGAAGUCACCACGGCUCGGUGCUAAAUAUGUUAGCUGUGUGGAAUUCUGAUAAUCUUGGUCCAUUCUGACAUUUUAUUGUGCAAUGCCUUACAUCUUUUUAACAUAUGAUGUCAGUUAUUGUAAAGUUAUACAGAUUGUUCGGAUGUGUUUUUCUAUUUACCCAUUUUUUGGAUGUGAUACCAGUAUUCAGUUCUUGUGUGCUAGUCUUAAUAUACCUUUUACAGUGCAAUGGUGCUUCUAAUUGAACCUUUUUUUUCUUGGAUUCAGUUGUUCAGCCAUUCAGUUUUUGCAGUCACCACGGCCCGGUGCUAAAUAUGUUAGCUGUGUGGAAUUCUGAUAAUCUUGGUCCACUAGGAUCAAGGAAAGUUUUUCUAAAGAAAAAAAUGAGAAAAUAAAUGGUUUUCAAUACA